AUGUCGUCAGAUGAUAGAAGACUGAGAAUAGUAGAAGCAAUUAAACACUUGCGGGAACAACAUAAACGUCCAGAUGUAAAAAAAAUUUCGGAUUACUUAUGGCACAAGUUCUCUAUCAAUAAUGAAGAGGCAGCUUGUGAUAUAGAAUGGUGUGUGGCAAAUAAUUAUAUACUUCAAAUUGACUACAAAGGAGUGAUAAGUUAUCAUAAUCCGAAAAAAAAUAAGCGACAUCAUACCGAUAUUGUAUUGGAAAACGAAAACCCUAAUUCAUUUCAUAACACCAAUGAAACAAAUCUUCCAACCCGUGACUUUCUAGCAAAUGUUAUUCAAGAAUUAACAUUGGAAAAUUCUGAAUACCUGAGAUUCGGUGUACCAGGUAUUGAAAUAGUAAAUAGGUUAAUUGCCAAGGAUUGUAUAGGGUACUUUAAAAAGUGUAUUGAUAUUUUAUUAGAAACAGAAUGUGACGAUGGAAGAAUAACUAAAACAGAAAAUGGUAAUUAUCUUAAUGGGCCCUCCCUUAAAGAGGAAAGGGAGAAAAAAAUAUCUUGCGAAGAAAAUAUUGUAAAUUUUAUAGAGGAGGAAAACAAUACAGGAAAAAUAGAAGAAGAUAUUUUGGAUUUUAUUGAGAAGGAACAAAAUACAGGAGAAAUACUAAAUAAGAGUUAUCUUUUUGAGCCACAUAAUAAAGGAGAAACUUUAAGUAACAAAGAGAAAAUUUCUGAACAGGAUAUUGUAAAUUUGAUAGAGGAGAAAAACAAUACUGAAGAAAAACAAAAUAAGAGUUAUACUUUUGGGCCAUCUAAUUUGAAAGAAACUAUAAAAGAAGACAAAUCAUGUGAAGAAGUUAUUGUGAACAUGACAGAAGAAAGAAAUAAUAUAGAAGAAAACUUAGAUGAGAAUUAUCUUCGUGUGCCAUCCGAUCAAGAAACUUUAACGAAUGAAAAGAAAUUUUGUGAAGAGAAUAUUGUUAUUGUCAUGGAUGAUGAUUACAUUACAGAAGAAAAGGUUCCUAAGAACUAUAUAUCUUCGCCAACCAAUGAGGAAGAAACUGUAAUAAAUACAGAGAAAUCCCGUAAUUUAGCAAUUGUGAGAAAAAAUGAGAAAUCGUGUGAAGAUGAUAUUCUAAAUGUGAUAGAAAAUAAAAAUAAUACAAAAGAAAUAGUGAAUGAGAACAAUUUCUUUGAGCCAUCAGAUGCAGAAGAAACUGUAAUAAACAGAGAUGAAUCUUGCGAAUUUGACAUUGUGGAUGUAUUACACAAAAAAAACAAUACAGAAGAAGUAGUAAAUACAAACCUUGUCUUUGGGCCAUCUAAUGUAGAAACUGCAAGAGAUAAUGAGAAAUCGUUUGAAGAUGGUGUUGUGAAAUUUGCAGGAAAGGAAAAAAAUAUAGAAAAAUUAGUGAAUGAGAACUAUUUCUUUGCUCAACCUAAUGCAGAAGGAGCUGAAAUAGCCAGAGAGGAAUCUUGUGAAUUGGAUAUUGUGGAUUUCAUAAAAGAUAAAACCAAUACAGAGCAAGUAGUAAAUGAAAAGUCUCACAUUGGGCCACACAAUGUAGAAACUAAAAAAACUAUAGAAGAAUUAGUGAAUGAGAACUAUUUCUUUACUCAAUCUAAUGCAGAAGGAACUGAAAUAAACAAAGAUGAAUCUUGUGAACCGGAUAUUGUGGAUUUCAUACAAGAAAAAACCAAUACAGAGGAAGUAGUAAAUGAAAAGUCUCACAUUGGGCCACACAAUGUAGAAAUUUCCAAUGAAACUCAAAUAAACAAAGAGACAUAUUUUCAAGAGGAUGUAGUGAAUGUUAUAGCAGAGAAAAAGGAUAAAGAAGAAAUAGUGUAUAAGAAUGAUCUUAUUGAGCCAUCAAUUGUAAUUGUCAAUGAAACAUCUUGUGAAAAGGAUAUUGUAAAUUUCAUAAAGGGGGAUAACAAUAUAGGAAAAACACCAGAAGAUUCUUGUGAAAAAAUAGUAAAUGAAAAUUAUUUCUUAGCGCCAUCCAGUAUAACAACUGAAGAAAAAUCUUGUGAGGAGAAGAUUGAAAAUAUUAUAGAAGAAGAAAGCGUAAAUGAGAACUCUCUAGUUGGUUCAUCCAAUGAAGAAACUGUUAGAGGCCAAGAAAAAACCUGUGAAGGUGAUAUUGGAAAUGUUAUAGAGGAGGAACACAGUAUAAAAGAAUUAGUAAAUGAAAACUUUUCCUUUGGGCCAUCCAAUGCAGAAGAAACUGUAAUAGACAGAGAUGAAUCUUGUGAACAAGAUAUUGUAAACGUUGAAGAGGAGAAAAAAAAUACAGAAGAAAUAGUGAACAAGAACUAUCUCUCUGCGUUAUCGAAUGAAGAAAAAACUGUGAGAGACAGAGAAAAAUCUGGCGAACUGGAUAUUGUAGAUGUUAUGAAGAAGGCAAAAAAUCCAGAAGAAAUGGUGAAUGAGAGCUAUCUGUCAGCCUCAUUCGAUGAAGAAGAAACUGUAAAAGACAAAAGGAAAUCUUGUGAAGAAGAUAUUGUAAAUGCUAUUGUGGAGGGCAACAAUAUAAGAGAAAUAUUAAAUGAGAACCAUAAAGAAACUGUUAAAGAGGUUGUUGUGAAUGUUAAGGACAAGGAAAAAAUGAAGAAAGAAGAAAUAGUAUAUAAGAACUCUCUCUGCGCGCCAUCAAAUGAAGAAGAAACUGUGAGGAACAAAGAGGAAUCGUGUGAAGAGGAUAUUGAGAAUUUCAUAAAUGAGGAAUACAAUGAAGAAGAAAUAGUAUAUGAGAAUUUUCUAUUUGGGCCAUCCAACGAAAGAAAUUUUUCUUUCUUUGAUUUUAUAAUAAAUGUAUUUAAAGAAUUAACUUUAGAAUUACCCGAAUAUAUGGAAGUCGGAGUACCAGAAAGUGAAAUAAUAAAAAGACUACUUGCAACGGAUGGUAUAGGGUAUUCUGAAAAAUACCUUGGUAUUUUAUUGGAAAAAGAAGUCCAUAAUGGUAAAGUGAUCAAAACAGAACAUGGCAAUUAUCUUAUUAAUCCAUCCCUGAGGGAAACUUUGAGAGAUGAAGAAAAUACUUAUCAAGGGGAUAUUUUAAAUAUUAUGGAAGAGGAAAACAAUAAAGAAAAAAGAGUAAAUGAGAAAUAUGUGUACGGGCGAUUGAAUAGAGAAGAAAUGGUAAAAGAAAAAGAGAAAUUUCGUAAACGAGAUGUGGUAAUUGUUCUAGAGAAGUCAAAGGAUAUAGAAGCAAGAGUGAUGAAACAAUACAGAAAUGGAAACGAUCUGAGAUCUGCAAGAGAUCAAAAUGUUAAUACUAGAACAUCCCGCCGACAAAAGGUACCUAAAAAGAUUUACGAUCCAUCAGAUAAUGAAAUUCCUAAGAAGAAACGUGUUCUACACGUUGCAAGUAGUCCUACCAAAAGUCGAAAUAAAUCUAUUGAUGUUUCUAAGAAAAGAAAAGCUUCAUCAAGUGCUUCAUCAAGUAAUGAUUAUCAAAAAAGACAUAUCUCCCUUGAAGGCAGUGUUACUAAAAAAAGCCGUACUGGUGACACCAGCCAACAUGGUAUUUGUUAUAUUUGUCAUGAAAAUAAUAAAAGGCCCAAUGAUAAAUUGAUUCCAUGUAGGGAAUGCGGAAAUAAAGGUUAA